AUGGCGGACGUUCCGUCGAAUGUCACUUAUAAACAGCUUCAUGAACGGUUUGUGAGUAAUUUGAAUGGCACAUCGGUGUUUGAAAUCGGCAAAGUUGCUAGUGCUGCGCCAAUUGGUAUUUUUCUUAGGUCAAUCUUAUUUAAUAUAUUGUUUGCGAAGCAAGAAAACCUUACUGGUUCACUCUUCUGUUGGUGAGUAUAACACACUUUUCUUUGAAAGUGCAAACACUCGAAAAUCGAGAUCUCUUACAGUAGUAAUUAAAAAAAAUCGAGCUGAAGAUAUUUUGCUAUGAAAAUAACGAUGACUGUUCUCAUUAAAAAACUACUGUAUUUCAAGGAAAAAGUGUUAAUCGGUGCGCUAGCUGUAGAUUUCCAACUCGAUAUAAUUUGAAGUUUUCUACUGAUAUGCCCAAUAAAUUCGGAUUUUUAAGGAAAGAAACUAGCAUCGGAAAUUUUCUGCUAACUAUGCCAAUUUUAGAGCGCUUAGACUCAACUUCGAGUAUAGAAUAGCUGGCUGUAUGAUAUGGACUACUUCGAUGAGUCCACGCUUUUCGAUUUCCUCUCCAUCAAGGAAAAAUCUGCCUAGUUGUCCAAUAGAUCAACGAGAGUUUUUAAAACCUAGGAAGUUUCAUGACAGUCCCUGGCAAACUUAUGAAAUUAUUGGAUCCAAAACUGAUGGUAAUUCUCAUAAGAAAUAUGAAUUUUGGCAAGUUUUGGGCUCCAUAAUUUCAUGCGUUGGAAGUUGGUAACAGAUACCACUAAAACUUAGCAUGUUUUCAAAACUCAGCAUUGUAAAUGGAAAUAUGGAAGGUUUUACAAAGUUUGAGUUGAAAAUCAAAGAAACUGAAAUGAAUUUGGCAAGAAGCAGCAUAAUUUGUAACUUGCAACCCUUUUCCUCCCAUGAUCUGAUUGUCAAUUCUCCCUUCUCGCUGCUACACAUUUCUAUGUAAAUUAAUUACGAGAAUUUGGUGUUAGAUCAAGAUAACUUCUACCCAAUAAGUUUGAAUAUUCUCAUUACCUGUUUUCUGGAUAAUAUAUAUAUAUUUUAGGGAGAAGUUACAUGUUACACUGUAAUCACUUCUUUGAGUUAAAUGGUUAACAGAUGUUUUCUUCUGUGCAUAGUUCUAUCCCAAGCCCUAGGUGCCGCAGUUGCUUUUGAGUAUUAGACCCAGUACCUUAACCCUUUAAUCUGUAACAGUGACUAGCAUCUAAUUUCUCCUUACAAUAUCGCCCCUAAAUCACACAUUAUGGUAACAAGAAUAAAGGAAAUGGUUACCAACUAAAAAAGUUCUGGAUUAUGACACAAUUUCUUCUCAUCAGCACCUGAGGGAAUGUAUAGGGAACAGUAUGGAGAAUUUGCAUGCUUAUGUUAGGGUGGAAAGGGUUAAAAGAAACUGUUGAAAUGAACUUUUUGUCGAGUAGAACAUAUUUUUGUUGACUUUUUUUUCUUUUGUAGCAUAGUCUUUCUGUUGGAGUAUUGUACCCUGGUGGUCCCCUCAUUACUGGCAGUGACCAUUCUGGCUGAUCACAUAAAUAUGCUAAUUACAACCUGUUUAUGUCUAUCAAUGGGGAUGUUGUUCUUGCAAGCACUGAACACCAGUAAACUUCAAAAACAGAAAUUUCGAGCAAUACUAUUUGCUGACAUGUCUGGAAGACUGCCUUUUAUUGGAAGCUUCAGAGCGUAUGUAGUGAUUGCUACAGCCAUCUGUAUACUUGCUGUUGACUUUGUCAUAUUUCCUCGGCGCUUCGCCAAAGCAGAAACAUAUGGAAGUGGACUGAUGGACAUGGGAGUUGGAGCAUUUAUAUUUUCUAAUGCUAUAGUAUCACAAGAAGCAAGAAGUGUUCAUUCAACUGAAACAUUGAGCAGCUUUUUCGGGGUGCUAUUUAGAUCUUUGAGGUCUUCUUUACCAUUACUAGUAAUUGGUUUUUUGCGUCUGAUUUCUGUCAAAGGAACAGAUUAUCAAGAGCAUGCAAGCGAGUACGGGGUUCACUGGAACUUUUUCUUCACUUUAUUUGUUGUAAGGGUGAGUAAAAAGUGUUCUUUUGCUAUAAAUUACUUUUCAAUGGCACGCUUUUCAACUGAGUGUCUUAAAACCAUAACCAAAGUAAUCUCAAUAAUAUAUCACAGUAAGCAAAAUAUUGCAAGAAGCUCAUUAGAACUCAAAGCAAAAACUUUUUUACUGCCUGGAGUGCAGGUCUGACUAGCAGGGUUUUUUUUCUUUCUUUCAUUCAUCUUUCAUUCUUUCAUUAACCCUUUAACUCCCAGAUCAAAUUUGUAAUUCUCCUUACUGUCAACCAUACUAUUCUUAUAAUGUUAGUAGUCAGAGAAUUUAGAAUUGGAUCAACUAAUUAAUUUUUCUUUAUUCCCAUCACUUAUUUGGUCGAUAUUGCAUUGAUAUUGUAAGGAGAAAUUCUGUCUUGGUCACUCAUGGGAGUUUAAGGGUUAAUUAAUAAAUUCAUUGAUUCUGAUCAUUGAUUCAUUGAUUUGUUUGUUCUUUCUUUGUUUCUUUCUUUUUUCAGACGUUCUUUCUGUCUCUCUUACUCUCUUUUAGUCUGUCAUUUGACCAGUCCAUCUGUGUAUCCUUCCAUCCAUCCAAUCGCUCCUUCCAUCUGUCCAGGUCUCAGUCAAAUUGCAAUCCUUCAUUCAUGCAUUCUGGCACUCCCUCUCUUAUUCACUCAUCUUCAUUUACAUCUUCAUUUUCUCACCUUGUAGGUAAUGUCAACAGUGCUUGUUAGAUUCAUCCCUGGUCACAGCUGGUACGGUGUAACAGGAAUUAUUUUAGCUGUCUUGUAUCAAUACCUCCUUAGCAUGGGUGGUUUGAGAGAGUUUACAUUAAAUGGAACACAAGGAGAUGGAUCACGUCAAGGAUUACUGGAUGCAAAUAGAGAAGGGCUAUGUUCGUGUGUUGGUUAUUUAGCUCUCUACCUUAUUGCUGUUCAGUUUGGAAAAUUUCUCUUUUGUAAACGGUAAGAGUUUAUGUGGGGUUAAGCUUUGAUUUCAUAAAUGUAAGAUGGUUCAUGCUCUUACUCUGUGCUUGGCUUCUCAUGUCAGGCACCACCAAAGUAUGCAAAGCAAGUUUAUAGUUGUGCAAAAGCAUUAGAUCAUCAUUUAAUUCCUGGAAGUGUAUGUAGGUUGUUUCUCACAGACAUCUAGUCACCUGAAAGUGUAAACUUUGAGCAUUCAUUUUUUCUAAGCAAAAUCAUUUCCAUGAGUCAUGAGAAAUAAGUAAAAAGAUAUUUUGGUGAUUGCUCCCUCUCUACAGAGUUCAUGUGGCUCUGGCGUAUUUUUUGGGUCUGUUUUGACUGACUUGCAUGUCUGACUCUAUUGACUAAAAAGGUCUGCUCAUACUCAUAAGUUUAGGUUCAACAUCUGAGGGGAACACUGUCUUGUAUUUUUCCUUUUACUGAAGUCCUGUCUCUUGUUCCAGCAAAAAUUCUACCUACUUUAGUUUGUAACCCUCUCUAACAUUUUUUUAAAGAAAUCAUGUCUCAACCUUUUAAGUCCCAUGAGUGACCAAACAGAAUUUCUCCUUACAAUAUCAAUACAACAUCAACCUGGUAAGUGAUGAGAACAAAGAAAAAUAUCAAUUUGGGGAUAAUUAAUUGAUCCAAUACUAAAUUCUCAGAACUAAUGUUGUAAGAAUUGUAUAGUUGACAUUAAGGACAAUUGCAAAUUUUAUGUGGGAGUUAACAGGUUGAAAGACGGCAACGGGAUGUCUAAUCAAAACAAAGAAAACCAGCAUAAGAUAAUAUAGUCAAUUAACUAAUAUAUUCAAUUUGUUACAUCCAAACUGUUUGUUAAGUACCUCAGGUAAUCAUUGAAUGUAUCUGUGUAAGACUUUUUAUGAUCCUCUUCUGUUGCUUUUUAGGAACACUGUAGGACAGUGGAUCAAAGCAUUUUUAAUCCUAGUCACCAUUGAUGUUACAUUUUAUGCAUUGGUUCGUAUAUCACAGCAGUUUGUCAGCCCUAUUUCAAGAAGAAUGGCAAACUUAUCUUUUGUCCUGUGGCAGGUAUGUUUGCAGGACAAUGUAGACUUCAUAACAAAAUGACAGCAAAAAGUAUAACUCUGAUAAAUAAUAAUAAAAGCACACAUGAAAUCCACACUAAUAAAAUAACAUACAUAUCUCCAAUAACUUAAGUUGUAUGAACUUAUUUAAUUUUUAUUACAUAGUAUUUUGAACAAUGCUGUUUCUUGUGUCAGGUGGUAGGUACUGUGGUGCUCUAAUAAGGUUAACAAAUCUGAAAACUAGUUAUAACAAAAUUGAAUUUUCAUGUCAAGAACAUGAAUGGAAGAAAUAGCAAGCAUUGGAAAUUUCAUGUUGAUGCAAACAAAUGGCAGUCUGGAAACAUUCAUAUCCAUUUACUGUUGCAUUUGUUUGUAGGAUUAGGAGUAUCAUAGAUGUUCUACCUCAAUCAUGUAGAUCACUGUCAUAUCUCCAACUGUCAAAUUAAUUUACUCUACUGUAGCAAAACACAGCUAAGUGGUGGUUGAUAACAGGGAUUUUACACUGUUGACCUCUUACCGCGGUCUGUUAAGCCUGCUAGCAGGUUCUCGUGUUAGUGGUUUGCCUUACAGCCCCUCCUUUGGGCAAAGUUACCUAUUACACCACCUUCAGUUGCUCCUGAAAAAAAUUAUUGAUACCCCUGUUGAUGAGGUAGCCAAAUCAAGGAUGCUUGUCAGCUGUUUUUUCAGCAUUGGUUUUGCUUUGCUUCCACAUUUCUAGGUUUACAAUAUGAUUUAGAGCUAGUGAAGUAAAAUUUAUGCUAUGCAUAUGCACUAACCCUUCGACUCCCAGAUGUGAUUAACCUGUAACUUCUCCCUAAAAUAUCCAUAUACUAUCCUGUAAACGGGUAAUGAGAAUACUCAAACUUAUCAGGUAGAAGUUGUUAUCCUGAUUUAAAACCAAAUUCUUGUGACCAAUUUAUGAGGAAAUGUGUAGCAGCUAGAGGGGAGAAUUUACAAUCAGAUCUAGGAGUUAAAGGGUUAAGUCCCAGCCAGACCAUGGAUUUUACGAACAUGUUUGUCACUGGCCCUGUUACCUUAAGCUGCCAUUUUGAAGAAACUUUAUUCAAACAGCCGACGGUAACCGUAACCUCCAAAAAGUCAUUCUUCCAAUUAUGUUGUUGCUUAUGUAUGUUUUGUUCCUCUUUAGGUGGGAUACAAUGUUCAACUUAUCUCAGAGUUCUUGCUUUGUGAUAUACUGAUAACCACUGCAAAUCACCUGGGCUUGCUUGAAGGCGCAAUAACUGGAGGCUGUCACGUUUGUUAUCCCGGAAAAGUCCCGGAUGAGAAUGGCAAAACGUCACGGACCAAGCAGAAGAUGCCAUGCACAUGUUUCAUAUCAGCUGUUAACCGAAAUCAGCUUUUGUUCUUUUUGCUUUCAAAUGUAUUAACGGGAAUGGUGAACUUUUCCAUAAAGACAAUAUUCUGUACUCCACUGAAGGGAUUUGUAAUAGUUGGUAUUUACCUGAUGGUGUUAAACUUUUUAAUUUCUGUCUUACAUCUACGAGGGAAAACUUUGAAACUUUAAUGAAAUUCAUACAGAUCACUGGGCAUGUCAGGC